CGAAAGUAUGUUAGAAAUGCUUGUUGGUCCAACAUUCACCCUCGUCUAAGUCUUAUUCAACUUUCCUUGUAAAUAGUUGAUGCUCGUCCAUCUAGGUUGCAAGGCGACAUCGAUACAAGAAAUUCCUUGUUGCGAUAUUGAUCUCCAAUAUAAUAAAUCAGAGUCUCAUUGGUAUAAGAAGAUGCGUUUAUCAUCAAUGGUGGUAUCAUUCUUCUCUUCUGUGUAUUGUUAGUUCAAUUUCAUUAUCAAGGACUUGAAUGGCAUUUAUGCUUAUACCAUCUUUUUAUAUGAUAUUAUGAUAUGCUUUUAUUCAUUUUUAUCUAUGUUAUUCUAUACUUGUUUUAUUAGAUGCCUUACUCAUGUGAUGAUUAUACCAUUGUAUGCAUAUGUCAUGUGAUGCUUAUGAUAUUUGAAUGCCUUAGUUAUAUGACGCUUUAUAUGACGCUUUAAUCAUGUGAUGUCUACAACAUAUAUUAUGUUUUAUUAUAGUGUUGCUUAUAAUAUCAUUGUAUGUUGCAUGGGAAACCCAACUUAUGUGAUAUGUGAUUGUCUCAGGAGUGUAUUGAAUGGGUUGAUCACCCAUCUAUAUUCGACUAUAUGCAAUUGAGUGUAUUGAAUGUAUAUAUCAUCAUUACGAUUUGUAUAGACCCUAAAUAGUGACCUGAUAUCCUUACUUGCUUCAUUGAUUGAUUAGUAUAGUGACAUGAAGUGAAAACACACAAUAGCUAGUCAUAAUUCCUAUUGCAUGUUGUAAACACUCUAAUAGGAUGACCUUAGUGGGAGGGAUAGAGAUACAUAAUAGAAGAUGUAUCAUAGCUUUAUCAUUAUUGAGAAUAAAAUGCAUGAUCAUCUAGGAUUAGCUUUCUUGUCCAUCCAUAUAUUCACUUUUCUUGUUUUUAUGUUAUGCUUUACUUAAUAUGCAUCUCUAAAACCAACUAAACAUAGGGAAGAUCAACCCAUCUAUUUCUGUUGAGUCAUUGUUUGAGCAUUAGAUGAUUAGAUGUGAGUAACUAUUAUUAAAAAGCCUUGUGGAAUACCAUCCUAGACAUUUCUAGAAUUUAUAACUUUGAUUGCAUUGGUAUGACUAGUACACACAUUGCUAUCAAGGUGGAUUUUUAGUAUUAUAUGAAAGCAUCUAACCACCUUAUGUCUCUGUAUUAUCUUUAGAUUUAGUUCACGAGAAAAGGACAUUUCAAGCAACACUCAUCUUGAGUCUAACUUGAGUUGGGAGAAAGAAAUUGAUGAAGACACCAACUUCGAUUUUGGAGAAGAACAUCCUCUAAAGCAUCUUCCACAUCAUCAAAAAUGGGAGAGGAGCAAGGAAUGGUGAUUCUAACUACUAUUUAUGAGUAUUCAAGAUCAAGAGCUUCGAACAUCACUUUGAGCAUUGUUGCACCACUAACAACCAUGGAGAUCUGUACAUCAUUGAUGUAGAUGGUGCCACAAGGUGUAAGGUUUGCAAGAAGGAGUGAUGACGAUCUAGUGCAGCAUCUAAAGACACUCCUAGAGAUCAUAGAUUUUAUUCCUGGAGAUGAAGCCACCAAAGGAACCAUUCGAUUGAGAGUAUUCCCUUUCUCACUGACAUGAAAGGUAAUGAAGUUGCUAGACUAUCAUCAGCCUUGCACCUUCAACAACUUGGAGACCCUAUCAAAAGUAUUCAUCGAGGAGUUCUUUUCACCUUGGUGUAUGGAGGAGCUUAAAGAUGAUAUAAACCAAUUCCAACAAAAGGAAGAAGAGACAUUAUAUGAUGCUUGGAUGAGAUUCCAAGAGUAUCUAAAGGCGUGUCCCCAUCAUGGUUUCACUCCGGAACAAGUUGCCAAGUACUUCGCUGAAGGCCUAGAUCAGGAUACCACAAUGAUGGUGAACUAGUCACCUGAUGGAGAUGCCACACAAAUGAUGAGAGUCCAAUGCCAGGAGCAUUUUGCCACACUUGCAAUGAAGUCAAAGAAUUGGUCCAACAUAUCAAUGAUAAAGCUAUUGAAGGCAGCCUGAGGAAGUGUGGAAGUUAACAUUAUCUUGUACAAAUGGAUGAAGGAGUUUUCUCAGCAACAAAAGGAUGCUAAUAUAGAGCCAAAGAAGGGACCGGUACUCCGGUAGAAACCUUGUUCGUGUGUGAUACAUGUGGAGUGGAAGGCCAUGACGGUCAAAAUGGAUUGAACCUUGGAGGAGAAUGACAUGGUGAUGUCAAAAAUACAAAUAAGGAGGAGGCCAAAGCUAUAUGGACAACAGUAGGAUCCUAUGACUCAAGUCAUGCAGAGCUUAGAAGCUCCUGUACCUCAACUCGUGCGGAGGAUCAAUGUAGUUAAGGGGAGUCGACUAUCGAAACCUUUUGUCCAUUUCUUGUUGUUGCUUCCUCAAGUUCAUGGCUUGCACCUCCCCGAUCGCGGGCCUGUUCUUUACUUCAUAGGCCAUGAUCUUUUGCUUGAAUUUGCGGCUCCUCUUCUCUACCAGGAUCUCCGCCCUUUAGCUGUGAUCUCCUUAUUUUGCUCCUUUUCCUACACUUGUGAUCCCUUUUUGUUCCUAAAACGCAAGUAUCAUCUAAUACACCCUAAAAUGACACAAAUUACUCCGAGGAGCGAAUUCGGAAGGCAUUUGAUGAUAUAUUAAACAUUGAGACUAUGAAAUUACCUUAAAAUACCUCAAAUAUAGAGACUAAAUAACACACCAUUUUGGGUGAUAUCAAAAGAGAAAGGUAGCUGAAAAGAGAAAGGACGCCAAAAUUUUUAAUUUGGUUCGCUACCUACAACUAGUCCAUAUCCCGGGGAUAGCACAUCUAAUCCGGGAGACUCUUUUUUAUUGAUUUUUCUUCCUAUGAAGCAAAGGUAGAGCAAAGGAAGAGAAUGACUCAAUCUAGCACAAUUGAAUGGAAGAAAAAAACCGGCUCCCCAAAUCAGACCCGUUAUAACCUCAGCCACUAAGAACCUAUGUACCUAAUUGAUGAGUCCUUUUGUACUUCAAAAGCCCUUUACCACUUCUAUCCUCCAAUAAUAUAUUGUAGAGUUUUGUGUAUUUUACAAUUAAUUAUUUCAUAUAAAAAUAAAAAUAUCAAGGUUUGAACCCGGGUCUUUUCGAACAAAGACAACAAUCAUAACCAAUUACACUAAAUGAAUUUGUUAUAUCUUUUUGAAUACAAAACAUAUACGAAGUUGAACUCUCAAAAUCGGAUGACUUUUCCAUCAUGAUUAGCAAGCCCACUAAGUCUGUCAUAUGUAUUUUAUGGUUCGAUUUUCAUAGUAGAGUUUCAAGUAAUUUUCUCCUUUUUAAAAUUUAUGCUCUCUUCUUAAUUUUCUCUAAAGGUAAUUGGCUAACAUGGAAUAAACAAUUUAUUUUACU